GCGGAGCUGCACUUUUCAGCUCAUUUUCCUCCUGUCAUUCCUCCUCCUAUCUUUGAUCAUUGUCCCGCCGCUCAGCCCCCCCAAAAGCCUCACUCAGAACGCCUUUUUUCGGCAGCUCUUUUUACUUCCCAACUUAUCUGAGGGGCUAAACUCUCGUGGAUUCUUUCAUUUAGGGGUGUCUCGGCAGGCUGGGUUUUAUACUUUGAACUUCGGCUACUCUCUUCCCCUCCUGUAGGUGACCAUGGCCGUACCGGCUGCUCUGAUCCUACCAACUCAUCUCGUCCCACCGCCUUCGAUCUCGACUCCCUCCGCUACGACGUCCCCGCCGUCGACAACUUCAUCCCCAUCUCCAUCCCUAUGCCUGGCCCCCCCACCCGGAACCGGGCAGAACCUGUUCAGAUCAGAGCACCUCGUCAGCGGCAGCCCGGGCAUCCCGAACGCUGGUCUUCCACCCGGCAAACCCGUGUACUCGACCCCGUCGCCUGUUGAAAACAUACCGCAAAACAAUGAGUGCAAGAUGGUCGAGUUGCGCGGUGCCAAAGUGGCGUCUUUCACCGUGGACGGCUGCGAGCUCAUCUGCCUUCCUCAGGCUUUCGACCUGUUCCUGAAGCACCUGGUCGGCGGGCUGCACACCGUCUACACCAAGCUGAAGCGGCUGGAGAUCACGCCGGUGGUGUGCAAUGUGGAGCAGGUCCGCAUCCUCAGAGGGCUCGGCGCCAUCCAACCCGGGGUGAACCGCUGCAAACUCAUCUCCAGAAAAGACUUCGAGACCCUGUACAACGACUGCACCAAUGCGAGCUCCAGACCCGGACGGCCCCCGAAGAGGAGCCAGUGCUUGACAUCAUCGGAGAACCCCCACAUCAUGCCCCACUCGGUCCCUGGCCUCAUGUCCCCUGGCAUGAUCCCACCCACAGGUCUGACAGCGGCGGCGGCAGCUGCUGCCAACGCAGCCAUCGCAGAGGCCAUGAAGGUCAAGAAGAUCAAGCUGGAGGCGAUGAGCGGCUACCACGGCAACGCCAUCCACCACGGGAUGGACAUAGAGAAUGGAGACCUCGGCUCCAGCGUCGGCCUGGAACUCCCCUUCAUGAUGAUGCCACACCCCCUGAUCCCCGUCAGCCUGCCCCCAGCCUCUGUCACCAUGGCGAUGAACCAGAUGAACCACCUCAGCACCAUUGCCAACAUGGCCGCUGCAGCACAGGGCCAGAGCCUGCCCUCCAGAAUGGUCACCUCCGUAAUAAAGGCGCUGCUGGGGUUCCAGGAACGGGUGCCGGACAGUCCCUCCCCUGCUCCUUCCUUAGAAGACCACCGGAGGCCAGGCAGCCACCCGUCGUCCCACCGCAGCAGCAGCGUGUCCAGCUCCCCGGCCCACACGGAAAGCUCCUCAGACAGGAUACGUACGUUUGUCACACAGAUGAAUGCGAUACACCACAAUGGCAUGUCCAUGAACCACGCCCUGCUAGGCCUGUCCCCCAACAUCCCGCCUGGGCCUAAAGAGGGAGACCUGGCCCACGACAUGAGCCAUGAAGCCAAGAGGAUGCACAACGAAAAAGUCUACAAAUCAAACAUGCACUUCAGAGAGGACAACCCAAUGUGCACCCCGACAGCGAGAGAAAGCUACGAGAGGUUGUCAUUUGCUGGACAGGCCCUUCCUCCGGGCUUCCCCUCACCCUUUCUCUUCCCAGACGGCUUGUCGUCAAUAGAGACUCUCCUCACCAACAUACAGGGCCUGCUCAAAGUGGCCAUUGACAACGCGCGGGCUCAGGAGAAGCAGGUGCAGCUGGAGAAGACGGAGCUGAAGAUGGAGCUGUUCAGAGAGAGAGAGCUCAGGGAGACUCUGGAGAAGCAGCUCGCCAUGGAGCAGAAGAACAGAGCAAUCAUUCAGAAGCGUCUGAAGAAGGAGAAGAAGGCCAAGAGGAAACUCCAAGAAGCUCUGGAGUAUGAGUCCAAGAGGAGAGAGCAGGUGGAGCAGAGCAUGAAGCAGCCAUCGCCCUCCGACAGCAUGCGCUCCCUCAACGGUCAGAACUUCCACAACUCUCUGACCCCUGAGAUGGAGAGUGACCGCAGCAGUGGAAGAACAGAUGCUGAAAGGACAAUACAAGAUGGAAGACUGUUCCUGAAAACCACAGUGAUGUACUGAUACGGCCGUGAAGAGCUGGAGGAGAAAUACACACACAAAAAAUCUGAAAAAACACGGAAAAAAAGAAAACCCAUGAAGAUUCUCAAGAGCCCUUAUCCAGGCUGAUUUAGUAGAGGGAAGGAGUCAAGCUGCUUGUAGAAGUUGAAUGGAAAUGCUGUGUUCACCCAAAUGCUGAAGGAGGUUGUGUCUGAAUGUAGAAUAAGAAUUUCUCACAGAGGCCAACAUUAAGUAGUUUGAUAGAAGAGGUGUUGACAUAGCGGUUGGCCUACGUGAAGGAUAAACGCAUAUAUCGAGCACAGUAAAAACGUACCCAUGGUACACUGUUGGUAAUAACUCGUAAAUUCACAGCACUGAAGAUUUUUAUACUGUAUCUCAGCCAGCGAGAAAGCUUCAAAAAAGAGAUUGGACUGAAGUUUUGUUUUUGUAUUUCAAAUUGAAUUUUUCUGAGAAGCUAAAAAUGACACGUGGAGAUGGAAAAAAAAAAAUGUGAAUCUAUCCAUGUGAUCAUCAAAAGAGAAGAUUGAUUUCCAUGUUUUCUAAAUUAGAUGACAAUACAAUCAAGUUUCCUUUUUACCAUUGUUGUAUAUACAAGAUCUGAUGAUAAUGAUAGGAGAACUCACUCUAUCGAACCCCAGCGGAUUGAUAAGGUAUGUGUAUAUAACGUUAAGAGGUAUUGUGUAUGCUGUAGAGCUAGUAGGCAAACAAUACCACCAUUUAUAUAAACCUACAGUUUGUUUUGUUCUAUUUCUGAGCCAUCAUUCUUUCCUAUAGCUGCCAUUUUGGUGAGAAAGCAUGCAGGCAUGUAAAUGUUUGUCCUGGAAUUAUGAUAUUUAAUAAAUCCUAUAUUGUGCUGAACAAAUCUUAGGGUUGACUCACUCCAGCCCAGAUGAUUUUGAAAAACAUAACUAUCAGACAUUUCACUUUCAAAAUGAAGACUUUUGCUGUCAAUAGUACUGUAAUCUUUGUAACAGAGGUAAUAUUUCUUGGAAUUUACUGUACAUUUUUUGUCAUGAGACACACUCAAAAACAACGCCUCUCGAUGCUUUUCUAAAAAAAAAUAUCAAGACGAAUAAUCGCGUGUCAGCUUGAGAAACAAUCAGUCAUGACAGAACUCUACGGACUGAAUGUCAUUUAAUAACAUUGCUCAAAUCGCUGUUGAACGUACACACUUUUCCUUUCCUUUCUAGAGUGUUUCAUGAUAUCCUGAUGAGAAGAAAAAAAACAUAAGUUAUAAUUUUCCUGUUACUUUCCCUGAACACUUUUGAAUUGUUGGUGCUGAAACACCUGUGUAUAUUCUCUAGACAUAAUAAGCUGAUGUCAGUCCUUUAACUGCAGAACAGUUUAGACCUUAUGUGUUACAAUCAGGAGCGGAGGAGUGUCCCAUGUUCACGAUGUGUUUGUUCUUUUUGUUCUCAAUGGAGUGUCUAGGUCUGUUGUCACUGAUAACUUAUAUAGCUUCUCAAAUCAUCUCUUCAUUGUACUUCAAAUUCAAAUAAAGUUAACAUGUUGAUGAUAAA